AUGUCUCGCAAACCCACCGAUGUUGCCUCAAAAGAGCGCAACGAGUACAUUCCAUCCUUCAUCGCAAAGAAACCAUUUUAUAUCGACGACGAAUCCUCUGAUGCCGAUUACCUCGAGCAUCAGCGUCUCCAGAAACAAGCCGCGGACUCGAAAUGGUACGAGCGAGGCAAGCGCGCCGGUCCCGCUGCCACCAAAUACCGCAAAGGUGCCUGCGAAAACUGUGGCGCCAUGACACACAAAACCAAGGAAUGCCUCAGCCGGCCGAGGAAACAUGGCGCAAAGUGGACUGGAAAGGAUAUUCAAGCGGAUGAGAUUGUUCAGGAUGUUGAUCUUGGUUGGGACGCCAAGCGAGAUCGGUGGAACGGUUACGAUGCGAAGGAAUAUCGAAACGUGGUUGAGGAAUACGAGGAGCUUGAGAGUCUUAAAAAGCGCGCAAAGAAAGCGACCGAUGGCGAAGACGAUGAUGAGGAAGAAGAGCAAGAAGAAGCACGAUAUGCUGAGGAAUCGGAUAUGGGUCGGCAACAAAGCACGGCUACGAGGAACUUACGACUGCGUGAAGACACGGCGAAAUAUCUAUUGAAUUUGGACCUUGAUUCGGCGAAAUACGAUCCGAAAACACGCUCGAUGAUGGGCCUAGGCGCGCAGGCAGAUCAGACAUCGGCGCUGGUUGCCGAAGAGAAUUUCAUUCGAGCUUCUGGAGACGCUGCAGAAUUCGAAAGAGCUCAAAAAUACGCAUGGGAAUCACAGGAAAGAGGCGACACGCAAAUCCAUCUACAGGCCAAUCCUACUUCUGGCGAAAUACUCCGGAAACGAGAGCAAGCCGAAUCAGAAGCCAAACGUGAAGCGCAACGAAAAGCGCUCCUGGAAAAGUAUGGUGGCGAAGAGCACAUGAAAGCAGCUCCCUUGCGCGAAGCUGCAGUCAUUGAAAACGAGCGAUUUGUCGAGUACGAUGAGACUGGUGCAAUCAAAGGAGCCCCGAAGAAGGCUGUCAAAUCGAAAUACGCCGAAGAUGUGCUCAUCAAUAACCACAAAUCGGUAUGGGGUAGUUGGUGGUUUAAUUUUCAAUGGGGUUACGCAUGCUGUCACUCUACUGUUAAGAAUAGUUAUUGCACGGGCGAAGAUGGCAAACGGGCUUUUGAAAAUACACAGAAGCUGGCUAUUCUUGAUACAUUAGACCACGAGGUAGAGCCAGAAGAGGAGCCGACCAAAGAAGAGGAGGAAGCUGCCAAGAAAAUGGAUAUCGAGAAGAGGAAACGAGAUCUGCAUGCGCUCCAGCAGGGUGUUGAUGAAGAAGAACUCGAGUCGUAUAAGCGGAGUCGCGUGGCUGCAGCAGAUCCUAUGGCUGCAUUUUUAGGAAAGGACGAGUUGAUACAGUAG